AUGGGAGCCGCAAAUGAUAAGCCAACAGCAUUAGGCAUUCACUACAGACUUCGCUGGUAUAUAUUAGGGAAGCAUUCUGCGGACGUUUUUACUGAAGGAAGCAAUACUGUUGCACACAAUUCCACAAUGGAUGAAACUUGUCUCACCAGUGGUAUUGACGUCGACUCGAUGGAAGAGUCUCUCACUGAAGAUGAUGUCGAAUGUGAAAUUCUCAAUGUCACUGAUUUUCAAAACGAGUUGCUUGAUGACUAUGAAGUAGAUGUAGAUAUUGCCACCUAUACUUUGAAUUAUAUUCCUUUCUUAGAAGAACAGGCAUUGUUGCAUGAAGUUGAUACAUUGGAUGUCAUAGAAGAAGAAGGGCUGAAAUACAUUGCCGAUUACGUAGCAUACAGAUUUAUGCAUUAA